ACAUCUGCAAGUGAAGUCGCUCUCACCAACAUGUCCACAGUCGGCCGAACCUUCUGGGUCUGGAUGGUGGCUACUUGCCAACAGUCGGUUACUAAGUUUCGUAAGUUGCCGUGCUGCACUUAUCGCUGGACACCGUUCCACCCCUGCGUCAAUUCGUCAACAACAUGCUAGGCGGCGCAGCGAGGAAGGCCCCCAGUUCCUCGUAAAUGGUGGAACAACUGUACAGGUACUUGGAAUCUGGGAGGAUCCUGGCAUUCGAGGCUAGCCCAUCUCGCAAUCGACGUCAGGCGUGUCGGUUAAGAAUACGGUUGGGGUGGCUCGAGAACGGCGUAGACCGCGAAAGAGAGCUCGCAUGGAUCGCUCGCGCGUGGAACACGACGAUCAGAUUGCGUGCGUUGAGUUGCCAGCGUCGGAGGGCCGGCGUCGCGAGGGGCUGGCUCGCUGGCCCGUGCGCGGACGCAAAUGACGCGGCGUCCUUCCGCGACUCGGACGCGCUGGCCGUGCGCACCUGCCAUUCCGGGCGGCCCAUCAUGCGUUGGCGGGUGGCGCCGUGUGCCCCGCGAAUUUUGCUUCCGCCGCGCGAUCGGGUCGUCUUCAUUUUGCCGUGUCUGUGCCCGAUCGGGCUACGCGCGGUCGAUGACGGUCCACGGUGCGCCCGCGCGCCUGCCGCCCCCUCGCGGGAAGGGAACGUGUUCGCUGACUCGAGUCGGCGUGGGGCGACAAGUACGUACUCGAGUCUCGGGGAGCGUGUGCACCACCGCGCCUCCCAGACAAGGUUGGCAGCGAAAUUCCUAGCAUGCGGUGGCGACGACGACAGGCAUGCUCGAUGCGAGGGUCUGGAACCUGCAGCAGAAGUUCCCAUGUGUAAUCCAAGAAUACCAUACCGCCUCAGCGAUAGCUCGUCGCGUUGGCAGGGCGCGCGCAGCCAAGGACAGAAACGAUCCACUUCGGGGGUACUCGCAGGCUAUGCCCGGUGAGGGCCAUCACCAGAGCAAGGAAACGGCCCAACCUUGUCUGCAAGUGCGCGACGGGGUUCUGCACUACAAAUUUUAACGGCCGUCCCACAGUGGCUGGCCUUGCGCGGACCUAGAACGCCCAUGCCUGCUGCAUCAGGCCAGGCCGACACCGUGCACUGGAACCAUAUCAGCGAAGAGCCUCUGUUCCACUUCCACGGUGUGCGUGGACAGGCGUGGAGGAUCUCCUUCCACAGGCACACUUCCCGCCGGCAUGCGAGCGCCAGCCUGCCCACCAGGGUCCACGCCUUCCGAGAUCUUCACCCUGUCUGUUUGUCAC